AUGCAUCUUAUGUACACUUUGGACUCCGAGGGCAAGCGGGUGUAUACCCUGAAGAAGGUUACCUCGGAAGGAAAGGUUACCAAGAGCGCUCAUCCUGCUCGCUUCUCGCCCGAUGACAAGUACUCCCGCCACCGUGUGACUCUGAAGAAGAGAUACGGUCUCCUCCUGACCCAACAGAAGGAUGAGAAAACCUCCGAGUUGUAA